AUGUCGAAAAAGUCGAAGACUCCCGCUUCUUCUUCAUCUUCUAGAACCUCCCACAACCAUCGCCGCAGCCGCAGCCGCAGCCGCAGCCGCGCCCGCACCAAUCCACCGAUCCCGCGCCUCCUCGGCAUCGUCCUCGCGGCACUCGUCGCGCUUCUCGCAGCAGCUGCCCUCGUCUUCCCACUUCUUCCGACCACCGCCUCGUCGUCGCCGCCGUUGCCCGUCAUCGAGCACAUGCAGCGCAUCAUCUUCCACCGCAAUAAUCCCAUCGCCGCGGCACCUCUUCUGCCACCCCGCUUCUUCCGCGCCAACAACCCCUUCUUCUCCUUCUUCUCCUUCUCCUCGCAAACGGGUAUCCCCGCCAUGUCGUCGCCGCCGCCGCCGUCGUCCGCCACCGCCAACACCGACUCCUCCACCACCUCCACCUCCACCUCCCACACCAUCGACGCCGACUCCUUCCACCCGAAAGACGACAACAACAACGACGCAGGCGCGAACGGUGCUGGCCUCGCCCUCCCCGCCCCCGAAGAACAGGCAGGCGCGGCGCUGAAGCUGGAUCUCGGCGGCGACGGAGUCAGGCUGGACGCGCUGGGGCCGAUGGUGGUGAAUGCGGACGGCAGCUUGAGCCGCAUCGCCAACUGGGAGCGCAUGGCGGAGGUGGAGAAGCGGAACACGCUGCGGGUCAUCGGGAAGAGGAAUCGGGAGAGGUUGGCGAGGUUGAGGGGGGAGGAUAUUCAGGAGUAG